AACCCGUGUCCGUGGCUCCCCUUUUUACUCAAAACUCUAUCGGGACUCUCGAGUCUCUUCCCCCCUAUUAUCUUCGUCGUUGUUUCAUUCUCGCCCUCUCUUUCGGGGGUUUUUCUUUUUUUUCCUUUUUCUUUUUCGUUUUUCUUUCUCUCCUUCUUCCGUUUUUUUUUCCUUUUUAAUUUGUUUCCCUUUUUUGUUCGAUCGAAACCCAAACCCUAGAAUUAACCUUCAAUAAUCCCGACCACCUGUGAAAGAUGCAACCGCAGAGGCUCAAACAGCAGGCGAUGAUGCAGCAGUCACUGUACCACCACCCUGCACUCUUGGCGGCUACAGCCCCUCAGAUAGAGCCUAUCUUGAGUGGAAAUCUGCCUCCUGGGUUUGAUUCAAGUACAUGCCGCAGUGUGUAUGUAGGAAACAUUCACCCGCAGGUUACCGACCUCCUCCUUCAAGAAGUUUUUGCAACCGCUGGUCCACUUGAAGGAUGCAAGCUCAUCAGGAAAGAGAAGUCAUCAUAUGGUUUUGUCGACUACUACGACCGUAGAUCAGCUGCGCUUGCUAUUGUGACUCUUAAUGGGAGGCAUCUGUUAGGGCAGCCUAUCAAAGUUAAUUGGGCAUAUGCAAGUAGUCAAAGAGAGGAUACAUCAGGUCAUUUCAAUAUUUUCGUAGGUGAUCUUAGCCCCGAAGUUACUGAUGCCACAUUAUAUGCUUGUUUUUCUGUAUACCCCAGUUGUUCAGAUGCAAGGGUCAUGUGGGAUCAGAAAACUGGGCGUUCAAGAGGUUUUGGAUUUGUUUCUUUUAAGAAUCAGCAGGAAGCCCAGAGUGCAAUAAAUGACUUAAAUGGAAAGUGGCUUGGAAGUCGACAGAUACGAUGCAACUGGGCUGCCAAAGGUGCUAAUGCCGGUGAUGACAAGCAGAGUUCAGACUUAAAAAGUGUUGUGGAGCUAACAAGUGGAACAUCAGACGAUGGUCAGGAGAAGUCUAAUGAUGAUGCUCCGGAGAACAAUCCUCAGUAUACAACUGUUUACGUGGGCAAUCUUGCUCCAGAGGUUACUUCAGUUGAUCUCCACCGUCAUUUCCAUGCCCUUGGUGCUGGAAUCAUCGAAGACGUUCGCGUGCAAAGAGACAAAGGUUUUGGUUUUGUGAGAUUUAGUACGCAUGCUGAAGCAGCUCUGGCUAUUCAGAUGGGGAAUGCUCGGAUCCUCUAUGGCAAACCAAUAAAGUGCUCAUGGGGUAGCAAGCCUACACCACCAGGGACAAGUUCUACUCCUCUUCCCCCACCAGUGGCAGCACAUAUGCCAGGUCUUUCAGCCGCUGACAUUGCAGCCUAUGAACGACAAAUAGCAUUAAGCAAAAUGGGGGCAGCGCAGGCGCUAAUGCAUCCGCAGGGCCACUACACCCUUAAGCAGGCAGCCAUGGGAAUGGGUUCCGCUGCAGCCAGUCAGGCUAUCUAUGAUGGUGGUUUCCAGGGUGUAGGAGCGGCCCAGCAGCUCAUGUAUUACCAGUGACUAUAAGUGAAGUACUCCCAUAAUGCACCUCCGCCGUGGAGGAGUACCUUAUCUUAAAAGACACAUAUGUUUUGCUUUUUUCUUUUUACUUAUUAAUUGCUUUUUAAUCUUUUUCUCUACCUUUUAUUACUGGUUUUGUUGUUGUACUUACGUUACUUUUGCUUUGUGUGCGAUGAUAGCGUCACCAGUUUUAUGUGUGGUUGUGAUUAUGUAAUUUGGCUAUUAGGGAUAUUAUUCCAGGGACAGAUUUUCUUUGGUUA